AAAGGCGAUAAAAUUUUCAAGUGUAGACUCUCUUCCAACAAAAUUGUCAAGUGUAAGAGUUUUUUCUCUCUCCUCCCAUCUCAAUCUGUAUCAAUCUCUCUGUUUCCCCAGACUCUAGACUUAUCUCUGAUUUUUAGGGUUCUAGCUUCUUCUCUCUCACUCUCUCUCCUCUCCCUCCAAUUUCUUCCUCAUAAUUAUCCUUGUUCAUCUUCACCGCCUCUAGUUUAUCUGCGCGUUUGAAAAUUCUCUUUGUCGAGAGAAGAGAAAGUGUGUUGGAACACGUGAAGCAAACUUUGCGGAUAUGCAGCUUCCCCAUGACAUUGGUGGUUGCUAGUAUGUUGUAUUGGAGAGUAUUUAAAGAUAUGUAGUUGAUGGCUUUCAGCUAUUGGGAUUGUAGGAGUACGGCUGUACUUCAAGCCCUCAUCCUCAUGUUUACCACAUGUGUGGUUAUCCGUUAUGUCUGUACAUGCAUAAAACUUUAUUUACUUAUUGUGAUAGUUACUUUGAGCAUUGGGAAGUCUCUUUCUAUUUCCUAUGGAAUUUCAAAUGUAUGGUUUAACCUGUACUCUUUAUUUGGAGUUGCAUAGGAGUUUGGAACUUUCCCAAGGGCUGCAGCUCAUUUCCAUUGAUGAUGAUUGCUCAUCAUCAUUUCAGUGACAUAUUUGGGUUUACUUUGGUGAAGCACAAAAUUGCAGAUCUGCGUAUAUGCAAGUUCAAUAUGUUGAACACCCUUGUCUCUGGGCAGUUAGCUCUAUCAACUUUGCCUGAUAGUCAGAUGAGUCAUUUAAGUUCAAUUAUGAGCCGAGCUGAUUCUUCGAUGCCUGAAACAUUUGAGGGAGCAAUUGAACCUCUGAAUAGCAAACUAACUUCAACAACAUCUAGUAAUUUGCAUGAGCAGUCUAUUCAGCCUAAAUCAGGGCAAUCAGAAUUGUUGGCGCAAAAUAAACGGAAACCAGCAACUGAGCCGAUACCUGAUAAUUGGAGUCUGCAAAAGACGACUUCUAACAAGAGAGUUGCUCCAAUGGUGUCAAACGCCAAGGGUCCUCAUGUGUCAUCAGCUUCAAAUAAAAAGUCUCCUACAAACACAUCAAGGACUAGUGCCUCUGCUAAAAAGGUGGUGCACCUGGAUUCAUUUGUGAAUAGAUCUCAGUCAACUGGUUCAAAGAAAUAUGCACAGCCCGAGGCAUCUCCUAAAAGCCAGGGAGAGUCUUAUGAUUCUGUUAGGGCCAAGCUGAGGGAAUCAUUAGCUUCUGCGCUGGCCCUUGUUUCCCCAGAUGGGAAGUUGAAGGCGGACAAUGAGGUUGAAGCAAACACUUUAGAGGGUGUAAAAGAGCAUAAACCUUUAGUUUGUGAAUCAAGUGCUGGAGUUGCUAACAAAGGACUUAUAAAGGUUCAAGAGUCUAGUAUUUCUAGCAUUCUUAGUGAUGGGUGCAACGAUGACAAGAAAGGAUCUCCAGGAAUUCAUUCGAAAGAAAUAUUUAUCGAGGACACUCAGACAUGGAGCUUUAUAGGGACAGAGUUCCAGUCUAAUCCCAUCUUAUCUGGUGAAGAUUCACUGUUUAGUGAUGGCUUGUUUUUCAAAGAUGACCUCUUGCAGGGGAAUGGUCUUUCAUGGGUUUCAGACCCUAAUCCACAUAUUUCAGAACUAGACGAAGUUGAGAAUAUGCACGAGGAUGUAAAUUUUGAUAAAACGGAUAAAAAAAUUCAGUCUCCAGAAUCUCUUGCCUUAGAAAUUGAAACAGAGCUUUUUAAAUUAUUUAGUGGUGUAAAUAAGAAAUAUAAAGAGAAAGGAAGAUCAUUGUUAUUCAACUUGAAAGAUCAUAAUAACCCUGAGCUACGAGAAAGAGUUAUGUCAGGUGAGAUACCGCCUGAUCGUCUGUGUUCAAUGACAGCGGAGGAGCUUGCUUCGAAAGAACUUUCACAGUGGCGAAUUGCGAAAGCAGAAGAACUUGAUCAGAUGAAAGUCCUUCCCGAUUCUGAUGUUAAUAUGAGGCGCUUGGUGAAGAAAACUCACAAAGGUGAAUACCAAGUGGAUUUUGACCUUGAUACUGGUGUUUUGGAGGAUGUAUCACCCGACAUAAGUGCGCCUUCUCGAAAACGCUCAAAGAUCAAUGGGUCUGAUGCACGCUCUCCUAAAUCCGAGGCAACCAAGGUAGAACAGUAUGAUCAGUGUGAGAUUACUAUUCCUAGUGAUGGUGCCGAUAUGCAAGGACUUAUGGUGGAUGAUUUGAAAGAUCUCCCUCCUAUUGUAUCCUUGGAUGAAUUCAUGGAGUCACUUAAUAAAGAGCCGCCUUUUGAGAAUCUACCGGUUGAAUCUAGGGCAGCCGUUGAGAUAGAUAAGGAAAACUCAGAGGUGGGCUUUAAAUCCAGGUCACCAGAUCAGCCUUCAAAACAGCCUGUGACGACAGACGAAGUUGGAGUUGAAAGCAAAAUUACAGAUGCUGGUAAGAAAUCAGCAGACAGUCAGAAGGGAUUAGGUACAAAGACUGUUCAUUUUCCCAAGGAAGAACAUGUCUGGGAAGGACUACUGCAGCUUAAUAUUUCUUCCAUGGCUAACUUUGUAGCCUUGCACAAAAGUGGUGAAAAAGCCAAUACCAAAGAGUGGGCAGGUUUCUUUGAUAUCAAGGGUCGUGUUAGGCUUGAUGCAUUUGAUAAGUUCUUGCAAGCUCUUCCGAUGUCCCGUAGCCGUUCCAUUAUGGUUUCUCAUUUUGUACUCAAGGAAGAUUCUACAGAUAGUGAACGCUCGAGUCUUAUUGAGUUGGUGGAUUCUUACAUAAGUGAUGAACGUUUGGGAUUUGCGGAGCCAGCUCCAGGAGUGGAGCUGUAUCUGUGUCCCCCGCGCACAAAAACAGUUGAUAUGAUAAUCAAUCAUCUUCCUAAGAGUUACACUGAGAAACUAAUUAAUAUUGAUGAUGGCCUAAUUGGAAUUGUUGUAUGGAGAAAAGUGCAAAUAACAGCACCUGUGAUUUCGCCCAACUCCUUGUCUCAUCAGAAACAAAUGAAUAAAAACCACAGUGGGGGACAAAACGCUGUAAAUGAUGAUAGGAACAGGAAUAAUCCUGGUUUUACCCCUAGAAGUGUACCCCCUCCCCCUGUUCCCUCGAAGCCCCACCAACCUGAUGAAGACGAUGAUGUGCCUCCCGGAUUUGGUCCUCCGGGUCACCGGGAGGAUGAUGAUUUACCGGAGUUCAACUUCUCUGGGGGGCCCACAUCUCUCCCUAAACCGAAUCCUGUCCCGGGGCAUGGGGCAGUUUCUCAGCAUCAUAAUCUAGUGUGUGCCCCGGCUCGGCAGGUUGACCAAAUGAGAGAAUUGAUCCAGAAAUAUGGACAAAAUGGUAUGAGUGGUGGUGGUGGUGGAAGAAUACCCACAGAGCCAUGGAAUGACGAUGACGAUGAUAUCCCUGAAUGGCAACCACAAGCUACUCACACAGGACUACCAGCCCCAGUCCCAGCACCCCAACCUAUGCAGAAUCCUGCAUUGGCUACACAUUACCCGACAUACCAGCGGCCUCAUUGGCCUCCAGUUGGUCAGCCUAUCCAGCCUCUUCAGCCACCGAUGAGUGUGCAGCAACAAGGAAUAUGGUGGCCUUAUGGCGCCAACAAUGUAGGAAGUUUACCUAGUGGACAGUUUAAUGGGGCCCCACCUGGUUCUACUCACUUGGCCAGGGAUUGGAGAUCCAACAAUGGCGCCAAUAGUCAGGGUUAUUGAGCUCUAUUUUCACAUGUAAAUAAUAAGGGUUUUUGUUAUUUUCCAUCCUAGUUUUAGACAUGUUGCUCGUCUAUAGACCAUACACAUAGACAAUUAGACAUAGGUUUAUCUUGUAUUUCCUUUUAGUGGGUUGUACAACUGAGCAGUUUUUUCUCUUCUCAGAUACUUGUAGCUUUCGUCUGGUUAACUCAAAUAGACGUCACCUCCCCAAUAUUCUCUUAUGUGAUAGCAUACAGAACACCAUAACCCA